AUGUCCAAGGAGUCGACGUGGGACACAUGGGCCAGGCCGCCAUGCUUCGUUGUUGCGGGCGUGCAGAGUGGUGUCGGCAAGACUUCCGUGGCCGUGGGUCUGAUGGUCGCGCUCCGUCGCCGAGGCCUUCGGGUGCAGCCAUUCAAGGUGGGACCCGACUUUUUGGAUCCGAUGCACCACGCAGCCGCUUGUGGUGUACCGUCGGUCAACUUGGAUGGUUGGAUGUUGGGUAGGCACGGCUGCCAGGAGUCCUUUGAAGCGGCAUGCAAGCGCAGCUGUGCAGAUGUAGCUGUUGUGGAAGGGGUGAUGGGACUCCACGACGGCUUGGAUGGUCGAAGCGAUGCAGGCAGCACUGCGGAGUUGGCUAAGUGGCUCCAUGCGCCGGUUCUUUUGGUGAUUGAUGCCUGGUGCCUCUCUCGAAGUGCAGCUGCAAUGGUCUUGGGCUACACCAUCUUUGACCCUGAGGUUGCUGUGAAGGGUGUGGUGUUCAACCGCGUGGCGGGUGAUUCUCAUGCAGAGUGGCUGCGGGAAGCGAUGCGCUCUACUACAGCUGUGUCGCAUUUGUCCGUGUUGGGUUGUUUGCCAAAGGAUGCAAAUGUUCAUAUUGCAGAGCGACAUUUGGGCUUGUGCAUGCCGGAGCAAGGUGACGCUCACUUGGAGGCGCUUGGCGCUCUUGUGGCCAACAACAUGGACAUUGAUGCGCUCCUCUGCAUGGCAUCGGUGGCGAAGGAGGGCCUUCCCGAGACAUCUUUGCGGCAUCCAGAAAAUUCUCUUCAGCCCAGCCGACAGUACCCGCUGGUACGCAUUGGAAUCGCCAAAGACGAGGCCUUCUGCUUCUACUACGAGGAUAACCUUCAGCUUCUGGAAGCGGCUGGGGCAGAGCUAGUACAGUUCUCUCCGCUGACAGACCCGAAGCUGCCAGAGGACCUGCAGGCUCUCUACUUCGGAGGUGGAUAUCCAGAACUGCACGGAGAAAGACUGGAAGGCAACGCCAGCUUCCGCGAGUCUGUGCGUGACUUCUGCAAAAGUGGUGGGCUUUGCUGGGCAGAGUGUGGCGGUUUGAUGUACCUUGCUCAAACCAUGACUGUGCGCAGCAAGGACAUCCCAUGUGCCGCGCAGCGACCGCCACGACAGCGAUUUCAGAUGGCUGGUGUAUUGCCUUUUGACGUUUCAAUGACCCAGCGGAUGGUGAUGGGCUACUGCACUUCACGUCCUGGCCAUGCGCUUGCUGAGCUGCUGCAAAUCUCAAGGCAGGUGGAGUUCCGAUGCCAGCAGUACCACUUCUCAGAGGUGACUCUGAAUGGAGAGCCGGCUGAGCUGGUGGAUUCCGAUGGCCGCAGUAUGGGCUUGAGGGGGGUUCCUCUUUGUGCUUAUGAAGCUCGCAUGGAGCGCCCAGGAUUUUCUGAGUUUGUUCCAGAAGGAAUCUUGCAAAACUCCACUGUGGCUUCCUAUUGCCACGUCCACUUCAAAGCGGCCCCAGGGUUGGCAGAAGCCUUGGUCGCCGCAGCGCGACGCCGCUUGACAGUGGUGUCCCUCCUGCCGAGUGGCACAGAAGCUUUGUGUUCUAUCCCAAAUGCUUCUGAGCGCCUAGUGGCUGUCAGCGCACACUGUGACUUUCCCCCAGAUGUCCUCCAACUGCGCAAGGCCACGCGCAGCCUUAUCCAGGUUGACGGGCGCAGCUCUGCGGACGUCGAGGAGCAGGCAGCUGGCGUCACCGACUUUCAUCCCAUCGACGUGGACUGGUUGCGCUCUGCCCGCCCUGGCGUGGUGCUCUCGCAGGAAGCCUGCUUGACAUGCGAUGCUGGCACGUCGGCCUUGGGUCGCGCGCUGUCAGCCGCUGGCCUGGAGGCUCAGAGGUCCAUCUCUGUUGGUGCAGCAACAGUGGAUGAGAUCCUUGCCACGAUCGACACCAUCGGCCACACCAUCGGAGAGAAGACGGCUGCAUCGUCCGUUAGGCAAGACCUGCAAAGACGCUUGGACCAUGUGGCGCAAGUGGUCCAUGGCCUGGGUUUACCCCGAGUGCUGGGCUUGGAGAGCGUCUGUCCACUGGUUGCCUCUGGGCAGUGGCUGCCAGACAUGAGGCAACGUGCAGGGGGAUUGGAUGCGCUUGGGGACAGACCUGGUGCAAAGCCCCGGCGAUUGUCCUGGGACGAUGUUGCGAGCUCCAACGCGGACGUGAUCAUCGUGUUUUGCUGCGGCCGAAGCGCUGUGGAGGCGGCGGAGGAGGUCGUGAAACAUUUGGUCUCUAAGCCCGGGUUUUGGCAGCUGCCUGCAAUGCAGCACAACCCUGCUAGAUUUUAUGUUGUCGGACAUGCGCUUUUCUCGCGCCCCGGGCCGCGGAUUGUUGAAGGCAUCGAGCAAUUAGCGAGUCUGAUACACCCUGGCUCUUUGCCGGCUCCCUACGCUCGCGAUGCCCUGCAGCUGCACAGAAGCCACGACGGCGAUGCUGUGGACUGGCUGGCGGUGGGCGACCUGGGCGACCUGGGCGUCUUGGGCGACCUGGGCGACCUCGCCCCUUCCGCUCAUGAGGCUCCCGGCGCUGGCACGGCAACGUGGCGUGGAGUAGAUGGCAACCAGGAUCGGCCAACUUCUGGAGCGCACACGGCGACUGGGAUGCUUGACGAGAUCGUGCUCCUGCAGCUCUCAGGGCCGCGCUACUCCGACGCAUGGCGCGGCAAGCUCCUGAAGCUCGCGUCGGGUGUUCGGGUGGCCUGGCAGCAGCAGGUUUGUUCCAAAGUGAGCGGCGAGACUGGGCCAACACCGCGAGCGGGUCACGCUGCAGCACGAUGGGGCCACAUCCUCUUUGUGUUUGGCGGCCACACGCGAAGUGGGCAGGUGCUUGCGAAGCUCGAACUCUUGCAUCUGGAGACCUUUUGCUGGACCCACGGGAGCACCACUGGCCCGGAGCCAGCACCCCGCAAAGACGCCAGUUUGGUCAUUGAUGAGAAAGGGUCCCGUGCAGUCCUUUUUGGAGGGUCAGACGGCGAAGCAUUCUUCGCGGACGUUCACGUUCUGGACCUUGUCACUUGGUGCUGGGAGCAAGUGCAGUGUCGUCCUGGGCCCUGUCCGCGAGCACAUCACGCGGCUUGCGCAUGGGGUGCGGAGGGGAUGCUUGUUCAUGGGGGCUGCGGGGUAUGCGGAGAGUUGGGAGAUCUGUGGCUUCUGUCUUGGCGCAAGGCCAUUCAGUGUUGGGUUUGGGAGAAGCUCUGUGACGAGAACCCUGUCGUGAGUCCUCGUCUCGGUCACGCGGCUGCUGCUGUUGGAGAUGCGUUGCUGAUCACUGGCGGUCAUGCAGGAGACAGCACUCUAGCCGAUUCGGGCAUUUUCCUUCUUCGCACUCGCGAGUGGCUGGUCUUGCCAGAGAUCGGCCAGCCCGUGUGCGGGCACGGCUUAGUGGUGCUAGACAGUGGAGUGCUCGUCUGGUCGAACCUGGAAGGCACAGGGGGCACAGAUGACCUGGACAGGAGAGUUUGUGGGUGGCUGCUGCCCUACAGGGAGCUGUGGGCAUCGGUGAUGGGCACGGUCGGAAGCUCGGCCACAGCCUCUUCUCCCUCCGUGGGUCUUGGUGACACAGGCAUACCCGCUUGGGACGAUGAGAAGCCACUGUCUCUGGAGGACGUGAGGCGUAUUUCAGAUGCCGGCGAUGCACGAGCUACUCAGGCUCUGGCAGCUCUAGAGCGCCUGUCCACGGAGAAGCGCUCGCAAGCAACGUGGUCCAUGCUGCAUCGAAUGGCCACGUGCCAAGGAAGAUAUCAAUACGAGGAUCCUGCCAGCGGGUAUGCUGUCUUCACCUCAACCUACCUCAGGAAAAGGCCAUGCUGUGGCUUCGGCUGUAGGCAUUGCCCUUAUGGACAUGCGAACGUGCCCAAAGUUGAGAAGGCGAAGGUCGCCGCGGAUUGGUGA